AUGAUAGCGGAUUCUGAGGUUUCGUUGUUUUCGGAUUCCAGUCGAUUAUCUAGUAGUAAUACUCAUUCACAACAUUCAGCACCAAGUUUUCUCUUUGGUUCUCAUAGUAGACGUCGCAGUUUAAUUAUGUCGUUCGAUGACAGUUCAGAAAAGCGGACAACGGAACAAGAUACAUUAACCUCAUCCUCAAAGAGCAGUUCUCAAACCAAUAAAAGUGUUCACUGGUCACCAGCUUUGACACAAACGAAAAAUACCAGUUUAGGUGGUCUAUAUGAAGAUUUUCACAUGGAUACUGAUUUGGAUAAGUUAUCUUCAGUAGGAUCAGAUGUUCCCGUUGAUCCCCCUCUUCGUUCUAUGAGGGAGGAACUACUUCCUUCAAAUCUCCUACCCAGAGAUUUAACUUCUUCAUCUGCGAAUUUGUCAAGCAUGUUGGAUCUUAAGACACAACAAGAAAUUGCUGCGCACUGGGUUACUGUGUUUGGUUUUCCUCGUGAAGAUGCAACAAAUGUCCUUAAAUUAUUUACACGACAUGGAACAGUUGUGGCUCAUCGUUUUCCUAGAGAAGGCAAUUGGAUGUUUAUACGUUAUGCUUCACCAAUUCAUGCCCAGCAAGCUCUUUCUCGAAAUGGACAAAUUAUGGAUGGUCGAUUGCGUUUAGGAGUAGUUCCAGUUGAUAAUCAGGAGUUGAUGAAUUUAGAGGAUGAUGACUAUUUGAACAUAUUUUCACAAACAAAUAAUGAAAAUAGUAAUCAGUUCAGCCGUAAUGGGUCUAUUUUGUCUGAAGUAUCCUUUUUUUGUGAAAAUGACCCGUCAACAAUUACACUCUCAUGUCCUCUGGAUACAAGUUUCAAUCCUUCAUUAAUUGCGUCACCUGUUCGUGGAGGAAUUCGUUCUUUACGUGCUUCUUUCAACGCGGUAGAUAAUUAUUACCGGGUUGAUGAUGAAAAGGAACCAGAAAAAUCUCACGGAUUUUUGGAUAAACUAUGGAGCUUUGUUUCAUAA